AUGGGAGUCAUUUCGAUUACCGAAAACAUAUCGGAUAUGGAAUAUGUUAUUGCUUGCUUUGAAGAGAACUUGUUCAAUUUUAUGACGCUAUUGAAGAUAUCCAUAUGCAGAAUUAAUAGCAAUUCGUUGGCCGAAAUUUUAAAGCAAGUCAAAAUCGAUCUUAUUCCAGAAAGAUACAAAACCGAUGAGGAAAAGAUUGCUUUUUUAAAUUAUAACAAUUUUAGUCUAAAGCUCGUUAAGUUGAGUAUAGGAGCAAGCAGCACAGCCGCUUUGCUGUAUUAUCUGUCCCUUUCAGCUACCAACAUUGAAAUGGUCCUUGCAAAUUCAUCUUACGGAUACGUAUUGCCAUACAAAAUUCGUACGCUGAUAGUACCGACAAAUCUAAUAAUCUACAUCUGUCUUUGUCUAUAUCAAUUUAUAACAGUACUAAUUACAGUCUUCGGUUAUGUCGGAACUGAUUGUCUAUUAAUCAGUUUGGUACUCCAUGUCAGCGGUGUUUUCUCUGCACUUUCCUCCAAAGUAAAGCACGUUUUGGACAAUCCGGAGAAUCGUAAACGUCGAAUAAAGAAAUUAAUAUUAAGACACAUACGUCUAGUACGGUUAGCUGAUUCUUUGGAAAGUGAAUUCAACUUACUAAUUUUACAACAAUUAAUGGGAAGUACUCUUCACCUUUGUCUUCUUGGUUACGACGCGCUCGCUGUAAAUUUAACAUAUACAUUUUUUAUUGCAUGUAUAGCGGCAGGAGAGCAAGCAAAGUUAAUCUCUAAUGUAUUAAUUGCAUGUCGUGUUUUAAGCACGCUAUUACUUUACAGCUAUAUCGGAGAGUGUGUUAUUAAUGAAAGUACAUCCUUUGGUAAAUCAUUUUAUCAGUGCAAAUGGUACAACAUAUCGCAAGAGGAGAUUAAAUUAAUGCACAUUUGUAUGGUGCGAUCGUCAAAGCAAAUGCAACUGACCGUAGGCAAAUUUUUCGUGUUGUCGUUGACUACAUUCACAGAUGUUGUGAAGACAUCAAUGGCAUACUUAUCCGUGCUUCGAACGUUUAUGUAA